AACUAGAUAAAACUUUACUCUCUUAUUUAAACCCAGCCAAAUUGGUAUUAUCGGCACUUGUUGAUUCCCUUGGUCUCUCUCUCUUUCUCUCUCUUUUGCUAAGAGCAAAGUGUUCUUUGAUGGAGGGAGAUCAACUGGGUUCUGGUUACUCUUUUCCACCAGGCUUCAGAUUCCACCCUUCUGAUGAAGAACUCAUAGUUCAUUACUUGCAGAACAAAAUCUGUUCACGUCCUCUUCCAGCAUCUAUUAUAGCUGAGAUAGAUCUCUACAAGUAUAACCCGUGGGAGCUACCCAAUAAGUCUUUGUUUGGAGAAGAAGAGUGGUACUUCUUUAGUCCAAGAGACAGAAAGUACCCUAAUGGAUUGAGGCCAAACAGGGCAGCAGCAUCAGGAUACUGGAAGGCAACAGGAACUGACAAGCCAAUUCUUUCUUCUAGUGGAUCAAAGCGCAUAGGAGUGAAGAAAGCUCUGGUGUUUUAUUCAGGUCGACCUCCUAAGGGAUCUAAGACGGAUUGGAUCAUGAAUGAGUAUAGAUUGAUUGAUACAAUCACCAAAUCCUCCAGGCUAAAAGGCUCCAUGCGGCUGGAUGACUGGGUACUUUGCCGGGUUCGACAUAAAGGCUACUCUUCGAAGAUAUCAGGUGAAAAUCAAGAGAAUCCUAGUGAACUAAAUCUGUCUGCAAAACUACCUAGGAGUGAAGAAUAUCCAACAAACAUGAACUGUCGGGCUGACAUGAUCACUGAUUAUCAAUACAAAGACUAUCAGAUCAUAGCCUCUAUUCUUGUUGGUGCACCUGUAUCUCCCACUGAAAACAUGCCAAAUAUGAGCUUUAAGGGCUGCAAAGGCACCAAUCUAGUUUCAGUUUUUGAAGAUGGUUUCACUAAAGUGAACUCUCAAACGACAUUUCCUUCUUUCGACAGUUACUUCAACCCACUGACAAGAAAAUCCAAUGAAGAUGAACCGUAUGGAAAUCUCAUCUCUUUUAACAGGAAGUUCAACGCUGAGGACAAAAUGGACGAAUCACCUAGCAGUAGAGAAUUGAACUGCUAUAACCAAAACCAGCCUGAAGAUGACAUUUUCAGUGGUAACCCACCAGACAAUGGCAUCAAUUUUCAAGAGCUUAACGAUUUAGUCUUUACAGGAAGGUACCCUCAGUGAUGAAAGUUCUUAUUAUAAUUUAUAAGACAGUUAUUACUUCACAGGUAUGACUUAGAUGUAACCGGAAGGAUGAUAGCACCAAAUAUUCAAGCGAAUGAUUGAUCUUUUUCUUUAUGCAUGGCUAACAUGGGGCAGUAUAGAAGUUUCCAUGUAUUCGUGAAAUUACUAGGAAUCAGUGUAAAUAAUGCCCCAGCCAAUUAGCUUCUUGAGCGUGACCUGUGUCAGUUCAACCAGUACUUUAUCCUACCUAGUAUAAUCAUAGCGUGUAGAAACAAUUUGUAUCUAUCCAACCCUCAGGAGUUGCUUUUUAUUUAAAAGUCACAUGUAAGUAACAAGAAAAUCCACAUGCUGCUGCGUAUUGCAAUACCUUCUCAGGAGUUUUUAUUUUA